UUUGGUUGUGUAUUGCAUCAUUGUUUCAAUUAUUAUUAUAAAAUCAUCACCAUCAUCACCAUCACCAUCGCCAUCAUCAUCAUCAAAUAAUGAUGCAUCCAAAUCUAAAUUAUUUGUCUACGCCUCAGUUAUUUUGGGCAAUCAUAAUUGUAGCGUCCAUAUUGUCGUUAUAUACAAACAAUAUAUUACUAGUCGAAGCAACUAUGGGCAUGAUACCAUUCAAAAUAAAAAUUUCAUCUCCCGGUGGUGGUGGUGGUAAUAGUAAAUGCUGUUAUGGUGGUGGCGGAAGUGGAUAUAUGAUGAGCGGUAGUCAUGUAGUUGAAGCAUUCGAUGAUGGAACGCCAUUAAGUUUUUAUCGGCAACAAGUUAGAAAACUUUAUGGUAAAGGUGGUGGUGGUUAUAUGAAAGGAGGUGGUGGUGGUGGUUACAUGAAAGGAGGUGGUGGUGGUGGUUACAUGAAAGGAGGUGGUGGUGGUGGUGGUCAUUCGAUGCCAAAAUAUAAAAUGCCUUCAUAUCAACAAUUAUUUAAGAACAGUCUCAAAUAUCCAAAUAUCAUGAUGGGCGGUGGCUUUAUGAAAGGUGAUUCAUUUGGUCCAAUGGGUAAACAUACGAGUAAAAAAUGGAGAGGAUAUGGUCGUAGUUUAUUGAAACAGAUUAAAGAAUCAGGUGGUGAUGGAUAUGGCGGUAAUGAUCGAUUGACAAAUGUUCAUGUUAUACCAAGUGGAGCCAAUGAUGAAUAUAAUGAUUCAUAUUUGACAAUGAUUGCCGAUUCAAUUAAACAUGAAAAAUUACAAAACUAUUGAACGAAUGAUGAUCAUCAUAGUGGAGUUGAUUUUUUUUGUGAACAAUUGUCAAUUUUUUUUUUGAAGUGGAUUCUAUAGAAUUCAGAUUUUGCCAACAGCGAUUUUUUUUCUAUUCUGCUGCUCGAUUUUUUUUAUAAUUAUUAUUAUUAUUUUUCUCAUAUGUUUUUGCUUGUUCAUUAUUUUUUUUUCACUAUUAUUCAUCAUACGUACAAAUUCCCGUACAAACACCGACACACACA